UCAUUUGAUACCAACGCCUCUCAACAAACAUGAAGUGUGUUCAACUGUUUGUGCUUUUUUCACUGGAAAUUGGAGUUGAUCUGAGUGACCCCGUGGUAAAACUUCCAAACGGUUUAAUUAGGGGCCAAAAAUUGCAAACCUCACGACUAAAAGAAUUUUACUCUUUCAAAAAAAUACCAUAUGCCCAAGCACCUGUUGGUACAUUGCGAUUUCGUAACCCUCGGGAACCUUUAAGUUGGGCUGGUAUCUUGGAUUGUACCACUAUGGACGUCGUUUGUUAUCAAAUGUUUAACAAUUUGAAAAAUCAAUCGGAAAAUUGCCUUUUUUUGAAUGUUUACACACCAGAUUUGCCGGAAUCAGGAAAUGGGACAUUUCCGGUUAUGGUAUACAUCCAUGGUGGUGGUUUCACGGAAGGAAUGUCCCAGCAAUAUCACCCACAACUCUUUGUCGAAAAUGGAGUGGUUUUGGUCACUUUUAAUUACCGUUUGGGGCCAUUUGGUUUUCUCUCGACUCAAGAUGAAACAAUUCCCGGGAAUAACGGUCUAAAAGAUCAAAACCUGGCCUUGAAAUGGGUCAAUAAAAAUAUUCAACUUUUCAGUGGUGACCCCCAAAAAAUUACAAUUUUUGGGCACAGUGCAGGGUCGGCUUCAGUCGGUUAUCAUCUCCUAAAUCCCAAACCGAAGAAUUUAUUUUGGGCCGCUAUUUGUCAAAGUGGGUCUUUUUUGGGGCCAUGGGCCUACCAAAGACAACCAAGACGACAAGCUUUCCUCACUGCUGGUUUUAUAAAUAAUAUGUUUUUGGAACGUAAUGAUUCAGAAGAAUUACUAAAUGUUUUGCAAAAUGUGAAGCCUGAAACAAUUCGAUUAGCUGCUGAAAAGUUUUACGAUUUGAUUUUGAAUGGUACAAGUGAUGAUUUUGCUGCGAUUGAAGGAUCAAAUUGGGCACCAACUUUAGAAAUUGAGAAUGAAGAUUCUUUUAUUAGCGAAAAAAUGUUUAAAUUGUUGAAAAAUGGUAACAUUGUUAAAGUACCACUAAUGAUUGGGUUAACCACUGAAGAGAAUCUAUCAAUGGAUCAUAAAAAUUUUGAUCAAAAUGUCAAAAAGUAUGAUGAAGAUUAUAGAAAUUUGGUGCCUGUUGAUAUGAUUGGAGAUGAAGAAAAAUUGAUUAAAGUUGGUCAAAUGAUUCGUGAAAUGUACACAGGGGGGAGAAACUUUUCGGAAAAUAUUGGAGACGCUAUUCGAUUUUCCAGUGAUAACGACAUGACCCGUCCUAUAAUGAAACAAGCAGAGAUUUAUUCAAGUUACGCUCCAACCUACUUUUACCAAUUUUCUUAUGAUGGCCAAUUUCCAGGUUUUAAACUAAAUUAUCCAGGUACUGGAAAUGUCUCUCAUGGCGAGGAAUUAUUUUAUCUGUUUGAUUUAACUCGCGACAUCACGACUUAUCCAAAACAAGAGCAAAUUGUGCGUAAUCGUUUAAUUAAACUAUGGACCAAUUUUGCCAAAUUUAGGAAUCCAACUCCAGAGCCAAUGGAAAAUGUUUCUUGGCCGCAAUUGAAGGUUGAAGAAAAUCAUUUUCCAUAUCUCGACAUUGGUGAAAAGUUGGCAAUUAAGAAUUUCCCGAAAAAAGAAAUUUAUAAAAAGUGGAAUCAAUUAUAUGAAACUUUAGGGCACGAUGAAUUUGAUACCUAUUAAAUACUAUUAAAUAUAAAAAAGACAGAAAAUUACAACAACCAAUCACAGACGUAU